UCUGCCUGUCUUCACAGCUCUUCCUGCAGACUCUUUUUUCCUGAGGAUCCUAUUAAGAUUGUCCGGGGCCAAGGGCAGUACAUGUAUGAUGAACAGGGAGCAGAAUACAUCGAUUGCAUCAACAAUGUGGCUCACGUUGGGCACUGCCACCCUCUCGUGGUCCAAGCAGCACAUGAACAGAACCAGGUGCUCAACACCAACAGCCGAUACCUGCACGACAACAUCGUGGAUUUCGCACAAAGGCUGUCGGAGACCCUGCCAGAGGAACUCUGUGUGUUUUAUUUCCUGAAUUCUGGGUCGGAGGCCAAUGACCUAGCCCUGAGGCUGGCCCGCCAGUACACGGGACACUGGGACGUGGUGGUAUUAGACCAUGCUUAUCACGGUCACCUGAGCUCCCUGAUCGACAUCAGCCCCUACAAGUUCCGGAACCUGGAUGGCCAGAAGGAGUGGGUCCAUGUGGCACCUCUCCCAGACACAUACCGGGGCCUCUACCGGGAGGACCACCCCAAUCCGGCUGAGGCCUAUGCCAGUGAGGUGAAACGUGUGGUCAGCAGUGCACAGGAGCAGGGCAGGCAGAUUGCCGCAUUCUUCGCUGAGUCUCUGCCCAGUGUGGGCGGGCAGAUCAUUCCCCCUGCUGGCUACUUCCCGGAAGUGGCAGAGCACAUCCGAAAGGCUGGAGGGGUCUUUGUUGCAGACGAGAUUCAAGUGGGCUUUGGCCGAGUAGGCAAGCACUUCUGGGCUUUCCAGCUGCAGGGGGAAGACUUUGUCCCUGACAUUGUCACCAUGGGCAAGUCCAUUGGCAAUGGCCACCCUGUAGCCUGCGUGGCCACAACCCAAGCUGUGGCGAGAGCAUUUGAAGCCACCGGUGUCGAGUACUUCAAUACGUUUGGGGGCAGCCCAGUAUCCUGUGCAGUGGGGCUGGCCGUCCUGGAUGUCUUAGAGAAGGAACAGCUGCAGGCUCAUGCUGCCUGUGUGGGCAGCUUCCUGAUGGAGCUCCUCGGACAGCAGAAGGCCAAGCAUCCUAUCAUCGGGGACAUCAGGGGUGUCGGACUUUUUAUUGGUGUGGAUUUGAUCAAAGAUGAGGCCACAAGGACGCCAGCCACCGAAGAAGCUGACUAUUUGGUAUCCAGGCUGAAGGAGAACUACAUUUUGCUAAGCACUGAUGGCCCUGGUAGGAAUGUCCUGAAGUUUAAGCCCCCAAUGUGCUUCAGCCUGGACAACGUACAACAUGUGGUGGCAAAGCUGGAUGCCAUCCUAACAGACAUGGAAGAAAAGGUGAGAAGUUGUGAGACGCUAAGGCCCCAGCCCUGUGGUAGCCCUGCCCUGUCAUGUCCUUUACUAGAAAAAAAAAAAAAUGAAGCAUCCUACUCAGAUGUAUAGUGGUGACCCUGACUUCCAACUUACAGAGGAAGAAAGCCACUGAGGCUCAGGGCAGAGCUUGCCUGAAGCCAGACUGCUACCGCUGCCCCUCCCCCAACCACUGGUCUGUAUUUGGGAUGGGCCAAAAGCCCUAUGUAUGUCCCCCAGAGUCUGUUUCUGCUUAGCUCAAAAACCUGCCCACUGUGGGUGGAGGUAGGGUCAGGAACCUUCCAGUGCUCCUGCUUAAAUAAAUUAGAAGUGUAUUUUUAAAAGUACACUGAAAAAAGAACACAAUAAAAAUAAAACCCUGGCUGGUGUGGCUCAGUUGGUAGGAUAUUGUCCUGUGCACUGAAGGGUUGCUGAUUGAUUCCUAGUCCAGGCACAUGCCCAAGUUGCUGAGUUGCUGGCUCAAUCCCUG